AACAACUUAAUUUCUUGAGUAUUUUUGAAAGAAAAAGAAAAAAAAGAGUUGUCAUCACUCAUCAAUAAUGUCUUUUUUAAGAUUUAUUGUUUCAGUUUUCUUCUUGAUUUCAAUUUUCGGAGCAUCGAAUGCUCAAUUAAGUGCUACAUUUUAUGCUACUACUUGUCCUAAUGCUACAGAAAUUGUACGUGGUGUCAUGCAGCAAACUCAAAGUACCGAUGUUCGUGCUGGUGCCAAAAUUAUUCGCCUUCAUUUUCACGAUUGCUUCGUUAACGGUUGUGAUGGGUCCAUUUUGCUAGAUAAUGCAAAUGGGAUUCUAAGUGAAAAAGAUGCAGCUGCAAAUGUAGGUGCUGGAGGAUUUGAUAUUGUGGAUAAUAUUAAAACUGCGUUGGAAAAUGUGUGUCCUGGUGUUGUUUCUUGUGCUGAUAUUUUAGCACUUGCAUCUGAAAUUGGAGUUGCCUUGGUUGGAGGUCCAACAUGGCAAGUUCUUUUAGGAAGAAGAGAUAGCUUAACAGCAAAUAGAAGUGGAGUUGCCAGUGAUAUCCCAAGCCCAUUUGAAAGCCUUGAUGUUAUGAGACCACAAUUCACCAACAAAGGAAUGGAUAUAACUGAUCUUGUUGCUCUAUCAGGGGCACAUACAUUUGGGAGAGCAAGAUGUGGCACAUUUGAGCAAAGGCUUUUCAACUUUAGUGGAAGUGGUAGCCCUGAUCCAACAAUAAACUCAACAUUUUUACCAACACUACAAGGAACUUGUCCACAAGGUGGAAACAAUGGGAAUACUUUUGCAAAUCUUGAUCUAACAACUCCAGAUAAUUUUGAUAACGAUUAUUACAAAAAUCUUCAAACUCAACAAGGAUUACUUCAAACUGAUCAAGAAUUGUUUUCGACAUCGGGAUCCGAUACGAUCGCGAUAGUGAAUCGUUACGCGAGUAGUCAGAGCCAGUUCUUCAAUGAUUUUGCUAGCUCGAUGAUUAAAUUAGGAAAUAUCGGUGUGUUAACGGGAACUAAUGGAGAGAUUAGGACAGAUUGUAAGAGGGUUAAUUAGUUAAUUAGGAAUGGUUUAAGUUAUAUAUGCAUGAUCAAUUGUGUUUGUGUUUAUGUACCAAAAGAGUGAGAUUAUAAGUGUAAUUUUGCUUCUUUUUUUUAAAUGUAAUGUGUGCUAAAAUAGCAAUCCUAAAUAAGAAUGGAAUGCAGAAAUAGCAAUUCCAAUAAGCAUUUUAAUUAUCA